AUUCGUCCUCUUCAUAUUCCGAUUCGGACUCUUGAGUCCAGGUCGUCCUCUUUAGAUUCCUAUUCCAGUGGCUAUUCUGACUCGUCCUCCUUAAGUCCCCAUUUGGACAGUGACUCCGACCCCGACCCCGUGUCCCCGACAUCAGAUUCCUAUUCCGACUCUGGCUUUUACCCCUGGUCACUGUAUUCAGAUUCCAAUUUGUAUCGCUCUUCCAACUCGUCCUCUUCAUAUUCCCAUCUCAACUCUGAUAUCAAUUCCGAGUCAUCGUCGUCACAUUUGCAUUCUCCCACUCCUUCUGCUCCAUCUGCAUAAUAAAGCACGUCUCCGACAAGAUCAAAGAGAGCUUAGAGGCGGUCUGCUGCCCCGGAAAUGGAUGUAAAUGUGGUGGAGAUUGAUAGUUGCAGAAGGAUUCUUCCACCGGAAGUUCUGUCCUAUGGGGAAAGGUUGCCGUGCGAGGCUACAAUCCCCGAUCACCAGAAGUACUACUGUCCAUUAAGGGAAAUGAGGACUCUGCCCAUUAAAGUCCGCCAAUCAAACCUCUCUCCUUCCGCGCGAAGUUAUUCCCUUCUCCUCCAUAGUAAAAACAAUUCAACACCCCUUUCCAACACUGAGCUGCUUCUCUCAGUCUGCCCGAUCGCUAUUUCCUUCAAGUUCACGACGACGAAGACUCCCACAUCUCUGCUCUCUUUGCCGAUCCGGAAGAGGGGAAAGCGACCGGCCCUGCUGCGACGUUAAUGGACGCACGGUUCGUACAUUCCUCUGCCUUCUUCUCCCCGAUCAGCCCUCCAGCAACAAACUCGAGUGCCGGGCAUUCUCGGUCUCGAAUCAGCGGUAAAGCGACACCUCUGCAUUUCCUUGCCAAAGAAGGUGUCAGCGGAGCUGCUGCUGCUGCGGGGUCAUCACGGACGAGGAGUUACCGGAGGAGGAUAAUUCAGUGCGAAAUCUGUGCAGAGAAGAAGCAGACUUGUGAGAUGAUGAGAAUCAACAAGAAGUGUGUCCAUUCAUUCUGCUCGGUCUGCAUAGCGAAGCAUGUCAAGACCAGAGUCGCAGAUAACCAAGUGACUGUCCCAUGCCCCGGGCUUGACUGUAAACAUAAAGUUGAGUAUAAAGUUUGUGUAGGUAUUCUCCCGAAGGAUGUUCUGGAUGCCUGGGGAAAGGCACUGUGCGAGGCUUUGAUCCUCGAAGAUCACAAGUUCUACUGCCCCUUCAGAGAUUGCUCGGCGAUGCUAGUGAAUGACUCUGAAAAGGUGAUAGAGCAGAGCGAGUGCCCACACUGCCACAGGCUGUUUUGUGCCCAGUGCCAUGUGCCGUGGCACGCAGGAGUAGCGUGCAUGGAAUUCCAAGCGCUGAACGAGGACGAGAGAGGGAGUGACGAUCUCUUCCUGAGGAAGCUUGCCAGGGAGAAGAACUGGGGAAGGUGCCCGAAGUGCAAGUUCUUUGUGGAAAGGACUCAGGGUUGCCCGCACAUAAUCUGCAGGUGCAAGUUUGAGUUCUGCUAUGGAUGUGGAUCAGCAUGGAGUCAAAGUCAUGGAGGUUGCGCCGGGGACUAAUCGUGUUGGGCCUGGAUCAAAGUUCUGCUACAAAGAAUGCCAGUCGAAUCGUGGAGAAAUUGGGAUACUGUUCUGCCAGCGUUGGUCUUUUGCGGAAUUUCUUAACUUAUAUGCCUUUCAGACUGUUAGUUUCGGAUGUUGAGAGCAAUCCUGAUCGUUGCUCUACUUGUGGAUGAACUAAUAGGUUGCUAUAGAAGUCUCAGGCGACCACGACGUAUUCACAUUGCGUAUUAUAUCAGUUAGAGCUCAGUGCUUCAAGUAUCUUUUCGCUAA